CGAAUCUCGCUUUGGCAUCUCGUGAACCGCAUGCUGUCUCUCACCACGGCCAGCCAGAGCUUCGUAGCAGCUACUUGCUCUGGCACCAAAAGCAAUUCCAGCUGCCAUGGCAGAUGCGCGGUGGAACAAGAGGCACGCAGCUGCAUGAGGCCCCCAUUCAGAUUCAAGCUGGCUGCCGUCUGAUGGAUGCCUACAGCAGCUGCAGCAGCUACAGCAGCGCGUCGUCUUCUAGACGUUUUCUGGAAAAGAUAGGCCGCCCCAGAAAGCGUGCCAUUGCAGUGCAGUGCCCGCCCGUGAUGGUGCCUGGCGCGCCUCAGCUCAGCUCCCCUCCCACGCUCCGUGCCCAAGCUGCUCCCACCCGGCGCGUCAUCGCUCCUCUCCAAUCUCCAACCUCACCCCCAACUCCACGUGCCAUUGCGUAAUCCGCCUCGCUCGCCGACUGCCGUGCUCUGCUCUCUCCUGCGUGUCCUGCGUGUCCUGCACCUCCCCAGCACCUCGCCCGUCACCCCUGCACGCUCGCGAUCCCGACGACGUCAACCCCUCACCAGCACGCCGC